AUGUCUAGCUAUGUCGCAGAUGGAUAUGGGGAGGAAAGAAAGCGUGGUGGUAAGAGGGAGAGAUUGGCAGGAUAUUGGAAGGCUGCAAAUGAACUUCGUCAAUCAUAUCAACAAUCAUAUUCGGAGAAAUGGGGAGCGAACAAUGGUGUGGAUGACGAUCCGCAUGGGAUACCGGGCUCAUUUCCGGAUGUAGCUAUUAUUUCUCAUGGAGAUGAGCAAAUGAUAUUAUUUCCUUCCUAUGCGCGAAGACACACGAAAGAGAAGCCAUUCUUUGAAAAUGCCAACAUGAAUCCUAAAUUGAACGAACCGGGAGAUGCAGAAUAUUGGGCAAGAGAAUGGCAGAAAUAUGAGGAUGAUAAGGCUAUAGUCGAUGUGGAUGUCAGAGGAUGGCUUUACUCUCCUCAUAGAGGACCUAUGACGAGAAAGAACAGAUUACUCAUUGGACUUGCACGUCAAUUGAGCGGGAUACCAGCACCGAAAUCUGGGAGUCGAGAUACCAGCCCGGAUUCGAAUUCGAUAAGAGCGAGACAUAGAGAACAUGAAGAGAGGCGUGAUGAGGAAAAAAUUGCCAGAGAAGCAGAACAAAUAUUGAAAAAAGGAAGAGGCGAGGAAGAGGCAGCCCUUCGAGGUGACUAUAGUGAAAAGCCAAAGCGUGAUUCGGAUGGUGAUAGUAUCUAUGAUGAUCGUGGUAGGCGGCGCACUGGCAGUUCAAGAGCGUCACCAGAGUCAUCUCCUCCCGCUCCUCCAGGUAGUCUAGCAAAACGUACAUCUUGGAACCAACCAUCCGAAAUGAGCCAUGCGGAAAUCUUUACUGCAAAUGCGCAUUUGAUGGCGCGAUUGAGACCAUUCCUUACCAAUCCUAUGGUCGCUACUGCAAUCACGGUCUUUUUUUAUGAUGAGAAGAACUCUUCUUCGCGGACGAUAGAAACAAAUGAAGCAGGUCAUUUCAAUAUGCGAGCUGCUUUGGAUUUUGUUCCUACGCAUGUUAGAGUCCUGGCAUCGGAAAAUCUUUCAGCUAUUGAAGAAGUCAAGAUAACUGAACCAAAAGGAGUCAGUUUAAUCAGUGAUGUCGAUGACACAAUCAAGCAUUCUUCAAUUGGCGCAGGAUCAAGAGAAAUUUUCAGAAAUGUCUUUAUUCGUGAAUACGCUGAUCUCACAAUUGAAGGUGUCAGGGAAUGGUACAAUACAAUGUAUGAUAUGGGUGUAGGGGUUCAUUAUGUAUCCAAUUCACCUUGGCAACUAUUCCCGGUAUUGGUGAGCUUUUUUAGAAAAGCAGGUCUACCUCCUGGAUCUUAUCAUCUUAAGCAAUACAGUGGAAUGCUCCAAGGUAUCUUUGAACCAGUUGCAGAAAGAAAGAAGGGUACCCUUGAGAAGAUCAUGCGAGAUUUUCCAGAAAGGAAAUUCAUUUUGAUUGGAGAUAGUGGUGAAGCAGAUUUAGAAGUCUAUACCGAUGUCGUCCUAGCAAAUCCGGGGAAGAUUCUCGGAAUUUUUAUCAGAGAUGUUACAACACCGGCUGAUAUAGGGUUCUUUGACUCGGCUUUGGGUCCGCUCAGUGGAGAACGACGAAGAUUUGAACCUCAAUCUCGAACACAAUCCAUUGAUAGUAGGAGAUCAUCUACAUAUAGCAAAUCAGAGCAAUCAGAGAAACGUCCAGCUUUACCUCCUAGAGCUCCUUCGGAAACACAACUUCGGACAAGUACUGGUCCAAACAUGGGAACACUCAUUGACUUUGGAGACGAAUCUGAGAAUGACCCAAUACAUAAAUCAAAUCGACAACCGGUGCCUCGAUCUAUGGCGGAUAUGGAAAUACCAGAUGUUCCACGACGAAAAUCCACCAAUGAUGGUAAAGGCCCUCCACCUCGACCUUCUAAACCUCUAUCACUUCGAGGAUCAAGUACAAUAACAGUCGUUCAACCUGAACCACCUGAACCUAUCAAUCGAAACUUUCCUCCUCCACCACCAAAACCUCGUCGUUCAGGUGCUAUACAUGGAAUUGUACAUAAUCAUCCAUUAAAGCAAACGCAAAGCAGUGCCGAAUUAUCUGAAGCAUCCAGUGAAGGCUAUAUAUCCAGUGCUCGCCACAAAGUUGCAGAGACCUACAAUAAUCUUCCAGAAAUACGAUCUUACAUACCAGGAAUGGGUGACUCCAGUCCAUCAUCAUAUGGACCACCACUACCACCACGUCGCCAGUCAACCAUGCAAUCCUCAACCUCCACAGCUAGCGCUCCAACCUACACAAACAUAAAUAACAGCAGUAGUCCCGACUCAUCUGAAGAUGAAUAUUACCGACCUUCCAACGGAGCUCCAGGAAACAAAAAAUUAGAUCUCUGGAAACGUCGCUGGAAACGCGCAAAAGAUAUUCUGGAAACUCAAGAUGUAACUUUAAGGGCUUGGAGGACAGGAGGUGAUGUGUGUAUAGAGGCUGUUCAUAUGGUGGAAAAAACUCUACGCGAAAUGGGGGUGGAGGGAUAUGGGCAUGGGAAGGGAAAGACGGGGAUAGGGGGUGGAGAGGUUAAGGUUAAGGAUUUGAAGAGGUAG